UUUAAAGUUCAUUAACAUAAUUUUAUUUUUUUAAUAUUGUUUUAAUUUUAAAAUACUAUAUAAAAUGAAUCUUUAUACUAAAGAAGAAAAACGUAUUUUUAAUUUUUUAUAUCAGCAAAAUUGUUGUUUAAGAUGUUGUUUUCGUUUUAUUGGAUGGCGUACAUUAAAUUGUUUUGAAGAUCCUAUUAAAUUUGCAAAACAUGUUAGAUAUAUAGAAACGGAAGAUAUUUCUUUUAAUGAUGAAAUACUUUGCAUGGCCUGUCUGGGAAUUCUCCAAAAUAAGAUACAAGAACAAGUUAUUAAAAAAAUUCAAAUUGAAAUAGAAAAACAAAAUUAUGACAGUGGAACAUUCACAUGUGCAUUAACAAUACCAAUAUGCAUCAGUCUUAGAGAACGCUUCUUACAUAUUCAAUGUGCUACUCAACUUAAUCUUUCAGAAAAUACUUUGUUAGAUCUUAAAGUUAAACUGCAAAAUGUAAAAGAUGUUUGGAAAUGGAUAAUGACUCCUAAAAUAGAACAGGCUAUUAAAAAACAAGUGGAUUUGAUAACACCUUCUCCAUUUCUGAUUGAAGUUAUUUUAACAUAUAAAUCUAAUGAGAAAGAAUGUGAAACAUUAUUAAAAAUAUACAAUGAAUCAAAUAACAUGGGAAAUAAAUACAAAAGAAAAUAUGAUGAUAAUAGAUUCAGCAAAAAAAAUAUAGAAACUAUUAUGACAAAAAUAACAGACAAAGAAUUUUCUCAGCAUUUUAAAGCAUUAUCAUUUGAAACAAAUAAUAGUAUUUUUAUAGAAAAUAUUAUGUGUUCACAUUCAAGUAUUUUUAUUGGAGGACGAUAUAAUAAGUUAUCAAGAGAACUGAGUCAAACACCAUGGUUUAUAAAUGGUGAAAAAAAAAUGCAGACAUCUGUUCAAGAUAUACUUUGUAAUCCUAUUGCUGAUGUAAUGAAAGCUCAAUCUAUUAAAUUUUUAUCAUCUGGCAGAGAAGAUGUGGAUGUAAGAAAUAUAUAUUCAGGAAGACCAUUUGCAGUUGAAUUAAUUAAUCCUCGAUUGACAAAAAUAACAGAAAAAUUAUUGUCAGAUUUAAUUAAUAAAAUUAAUCUAUCUUCACAGCAAGUACAAAUUGUCUCAAAUUUAAAAGUUUUAUCCAGAUUUGAUCUGAAAAAAUUGAAAGAAGGAGAAAAUGUUAAAACAAAAUUUUAUCGAGCACUUUGUAUUUGUCGUAAUGCAUCUAAAAAUGUGCUUUCUCUUGAAAAAUUAAAUAAUUUGAAACAUUUAAAAAUAAUUCAAAAAACACCAAUGAGAGUAUUACAUCGACGACCCUUAAGCCCUAGAGAACGUUUAAUAUAUGAAAUGAGAGCUCGUUGGGUAAAACAUCAAGAAUUAAAAAAUUUGAACAUAAGUUCCGAGGAUGCUAAUAUUUUUUUUAUAUUAGAUAUUAAAACACAAGCUGGAACAUAUGUAAAAGAAUUUGUACACGGAGAUUUUGGACGAACAAAACCAAGUUUGUGUGAUAUUCUUAAUGUUGAAAUUGAUAUAGUCGCAUUGGAUGUAACAGGAAUUAAUUUGAAUUGGCCAUAAGAAUUAUUUUAAUUUUUAAUAUUUGAAAUAUUGCUAUUACAUAUGCAUAAAUAUAAAAAAUGGUUUUAAUAAUAUGAUUUUAUAAUAAAAAA